GUUUGCUUUGCUUUGCCCGCUGCUUUCCCUUUCCCUUUCCUUUCCUGGCCACAUCCACACACCACACGGCUCUCUUGGUCGCUCCCCCCACGACCUGCAGCUCGCCCGCCCAGCAUGUCGUGGAAGAAGUCUGCCCAGUUGAUGGAGACGAUCAAGCAUUACUCCAACUUCCCCGCGACCGGCGUGAGUCUGAGGCAGAUGGUGCAGUUUGGAAGCAAUCCCUCCAUCGGCACCUUGUUCCGAGCCUCCCAAUUCCUCUCCGAAGAGCUACCCAUUCGUCUCGCGCACCGUGUACAAGAGCUGGGAGACCUUCCCGAUGGCCUCAAUGAUAUGGAGAGCAUCAAGAAGGUGCAGGACUGGUACGCACAGUCAUUCGAGGAAAUCAUAUCCUUACCGAAGCCGAGCCUCAGUACCGAGAUUAGAGAGCGCUUGAUCAAGCCCGCAAAAGCAAGUGGCAAGAAUGCGCGCAUAUUAAGUGAAACAACGACCAAUCCCAGUGUGAAGCCGGGGCAAUACAAGUCCGAUGCGAGUCUGGGGAGUAACGGUAGCGGGAACGGCAGUGGUGGGCAAAGAAAAGUCACAGCGACGCGCAGAUAUUUCACGGCAGCAGAUGACGGAGACUGGCCACCAGAGCUGAACGACUACAAUUCUCGAUUCGCCAAAACCCUCGAGACCAUCAAACGCCGUCACGAUAGCGUGGUGACGACGAUUGCCCAGGGCAUUCUGGAAUAUAAGCGCAAACGACAACGAAUGCAAAUCGAUCAUAAUAUCCAGGCGUUUUUGGAUCGAUUCUACAUGUCACGAAUAGGAAUCCGUAUGCUAAUUGGACAGCACAUUGCCCUGUCCGACCAGAGAUCACAGAGCGAUCCACACUAUGUAGGGAUAAUUUGUACCAAAACCAACGUCCGAGAAUUGGCCCAAGAGGCCAUUGAGAAUGCCCGCUUCGUCUGCGAGGAUCACUAUGGCCUGUUCGAUGCCCCCAAGGUCCGACUGGUGUGUCCGGCGGAUCUUAAUUUCAUGUAUGUGCCUGGACAUUUGUCGCACAUGUUGUUUGAAACCCUCAAGAACAGUCUCCGAGCCGUGGUGGAGACACAUGGCGCGGAAAAGGAGGAGUUCCCGGUGACAGAUGUGAUCAUUUCAGAGGGCCGAGAAGACAUCACCAUCAAGAUUAGUGACGAAGGGGGCGGAAUCCCCCGGAGCGCCAUUCCUCUGGUGUGGACGUACAUGUACACGACCGUGGAUCAAACGCCCAAUCUGGAUCCGGAUUUCAACAAAUCUGACUUCAAAGCUCCCAUGGCGGGCUUUGGAUAUGGCCUCCCCAUCUCCCGACUGUAUGCGCGAUACUUUGGAGGUGAUUUGAAACUGAUCUCGAUGGAAGGCUAUGGCACGGAUGUCUACCUCCAUCUAAACCGUUUAUCUUCCUCAUCGGAGCCUCUGCAGUGACAACGACCUGUCAUGAGGGAUGAAUGGCAUGGUGAUAUGGUACGGUCGUCAUCAUCAUCGACGCAUUCAUCUCAAGGAUUGACCGCCACAGCAACAAAAAAGAGUUUCGAGACACCGGGAGGAGGGGAUCUCAUUGCGGGUAUGACCAUGGCUGCCAGGACAGGCAGACUCAAGGCCAAACCCCACAGCAAGACCUGGGAUAUGAAUCGGAGGGAAGUCAGUGCCAGGCGGCAAGUUGGCGAUGCAGAAAGUGUGGUCAAUCAGCAAGGUUCCAGUACUACUACAGAUGGCCAAGGCCAGCAGCCUUGGUGGAAAAACGUUGGCAUGGAGGAGGGAAUGUAAAAGAAAUGUUUUACUUCACAGACCACUUUAUGCAGAAAACUGAACAACUCUGUGGCGUCAUGACAGAAUUACUUUUUUCGACGAGAAAGAGAGAGAUAACAGUGAAACCCCCAAGAGAAUUUUUCUUUUUGCGAGUAUAACGCAAAGAACCCAAAGCAGACAAACAAACGACUUCCCAAAUCUCGAUGGGAUUGUUUUGACAGAAAGAGAGGCGGGACCGGAGGGGGAGGGGGGGUGUUUGGCAGAGAGACAGAGACGGAGACGGAGACGGAGAGAGAGAAAGAUUAUUUACGAGACCCAAUGAAAUCAC